ACUCUAGUCUUCAGAUGAAUAUUUAAGGUACCAGAGCUUUUCAGUGGGCUUGCUACAACAGGCUUAACAUAGCUGCUCUUUAGAAACUACUUCCAGUCUGUUGUCUUUGGGCUUGUUCUUUCCUUUUACCUCUGUAUUAAGUUACCACUGAUGGUCAGAAGACAACAGCAGCUCUCAACAGAGCCUCCUCUCAUUUUCAUUUUUUCUUAUACAAAACAAGGCUCUGACUUUCUCUUACUGCACAAGUUUUUGAAUGAUAUAGUAUACAUAAGGUAUUUGCUUUCAUAUAAAUUCUGAGUUCAGGGGGGUUUACUUUCAAAAACGCCUUUGUGCAAUGACAUCGCAAGGAGAACUUGGGAGCUGUUACAGCCACAAAAGGCAGGCUGUAGCAAUGGCAACAACAGGUACCAGAAUGACUGGAAGGAGGAAACAGAGACGCCAUGCAGAAGCACAAAAGCGGAGUAAAAAAAUUAAAGAAGUGAAAAAUGUACAGGCCAGCAAAGCAGAUGUCCCUGAUUAUGUUCGCCAAGAAGUAGAAAGCUGUUACCAGCUCAAGAUGCCUGAAGACUUCUAUCAUUUCUGGAAAUUCUGUGAGGAAUUGGAACCUGACAAACCAUGUGAUGCACUCAAAUCAAGUAUUGGACUUCAGCUAGUUGGACCAUAUGAUAUUCUUUCUGGAAAACACAAAAGCACUAAUAAAUCAAAAGAUAUAAAUUUCAACCUUCACUGGAGAUUUUUUUAUGAUCCUCCUGAAUUCCAGACAAUUAUUACUGGAGACAGCAAAACACAAUACCAUAUGGGAUAUUUCAGGGAUAUACCAGAUCAUCUGCCAGUGUGGGUUGGUGAAACUGAAACCCAGAAAGGCUGUACAAUUUAUCAAGUUGGUGACAAUAUAUUUGCUGCUGUAAAGUUAUUUUUGUCAAAAAAGCUUAAAGAACUGACUAAUAAAAAAAGAAGUGGCUUACUAAGAGAUGCAGAUGAAAAACUAACCCAAACAGCAAAACAACUGGGUUACUCGCUAGAACAAAAAAGCUUGAACAUGAAAGAAAGAGAUAAUAAGGUGGUAACAAAGACAUUUCAUGGCGCUGGUCUAGUUGUCCCUGUAGAUAAGAAUAAUGUUGGGUACAGAAAGCUUCCUGAAACAAAUUCAAGUCUCAAAAGAAUUUGUAAAGCCAUUGUAGACGCUCCUAACGAUGACCAGAGAUUGAAAGCCUUUGCUCCUAUUCAGGAAAUGUUAACUUUCAUUCAGUUUGCCAAUGAUGAAUGUGAUUAUGGAAUGGGAUAUGAACUGGGCAUAGAUCUCUUCUGCUAUGGGUCACAUUAUUUUCACAACAUUAUUGGACAGUUGUUGCCUCUUGCUUAUAGCCUGCUGAAAAGAAGUCUGUUUGCAGAGAUAAUUGAAGCUCAUCUAGCUAAUAGAAGAAAAGAGAAGGUAGAUCUACUUGUGGCAUGAUAAACACUAAAGUACUGUAAGAUACUGGCUACCAUUAUUUAUGAAUUUUAAAUAUGUUUUGCUACUAAAGUGUACUUACUGUGUGAUAAAUAAACAUUUUUUCCAAACAAGUUAUUUUGGCUGUAGCAUCCGAACUAUGUAAAUCAUUAAUAACUUU